CACUAAAGCAGAGAGGGAGAGCUCUGCGGUAUUCUGAGGAGAUCUGCUGAAGAAAGGAUUGAUGACCUAUUGCAAGUUUUCCUUCUGCUAAUUUCCUGGAAAAAGGAAAGUUUCCUCACCAAAAGGAAUAUCUCAUAUUGCUAAAUUUAGAAAAAAAUUAAAUGUGAGGAUAUGGUGUCCAAACGUUCUAGGACCCGUAAGAGAUCCUCUGCUGCUCUCAAGACAAAGACACCUCGCAGAAGAACACAAAAGAUUGUAGACAAAGAAAGACCACACCACUGUUCACAGUGUGGAAAGAGUUUUACUUUAAAGACUGAUCUCCAGAGACAUGAGCGCAUUCACACUGGAGAGAAACCCUUUCCCUGCUCAGAGUGUGGGAAGAGCUUUAGUUUAAAGAGUUAUCUCCAAAGACACCAGCGCAUUCAUACAGGAGAGAAACCGUAUCACUGCUCAGACUGUGGAAAGCGCUUUAAUACAAAGAAUAAUCUUGAAAUACACCAGCGCAUUCACACGGGAGAACAACUGUGUCACUGCUCAGACUGUGGAAAGAGUUUUACUACACAGAGUAAUCUCCAAAUACACCAGCGAGUUCACACAGGAGAGAAACCGUAUCACUGCUCAGACUGUGGACAGAAUUUUAGUCAGCGUAGUACUCUCCAACUACACCGGCGCAUCCACACAGGUGAUAAACCAUAUCACUGCCCAGAGUGUGGGAAGAGCUUUAAUAGACAAAGUAAUCUCCAAAUUCACCAGCGCUUUCACACAGGAGACAAACCAUAUUACUGCUCAGAGUGUGGGAAGAGUUUUACUUUACUGAGUCACCUCCAAAGACACCAGCGCAUUCACACAGGAGAGAAACCAUAUCGCUGCUCAAAGUGUGGAAAGAGUUUUACUCAACAAAAUAAUCUCAUAUCACACCAGCGCACUCACACGGGAGAGAAGCUGUAUCACUGCUCAGACUGUGGAAAGAGUUUCACGGAAAGAGGUACCCUCAAGAAACACCAGCGCAUUCACACUGGAGAGAAACCGUAUCACUGCUCAGACUGUGGACAGUGUUUUAGAGAAAGUGGUACCCUCAAGAAACACCAACGCAUUCAUAGUGGAGAGAAACCGUAUCACUGCUCAGAGUGUGGAAAGUAUUUUAGUCAGCUGAUUCAUCUCCAAACACACCAGCGCGUUCACACAGGAGUAAAGCCAUAUCACUGCCCAGAGUGUGGACAGAGUUUUACUGUACAGAGCAAUCUCAAAACACACCAGCGCACUCACGCAGGAGGGGAAUCGUAUCACUGCCCAGAGUGUGGGAAAACCUUCAGAAAUUCAAGAAGUGUGAAGAAGCACAAAUGCAUUAAGAGGUUCAGGGCCAAACCAUAUGCUGACAGCAGCUUCCCAUCCAGCCAAUCAGCGGACCGCUCUUCUGCUCCUCUGGCCAAUCGCAGGUUCAGGAGGCGGGAUUUGCCGGAAUACGGUUGGGAGGACGUCGUUCCAGUGUGCGGACCAGGAAAUGUCAGCGGCCCCGUCGUUAUGCGUCGUUAUAUCGGGGUCUUCCCACCGUCCUGUCUUAAGAGGAAGAUGGAAUGUAAGAUCUUGGUGUCCACAGACUCUGGUAGCUUCCCUUCUGCUCUUUAUACGGACACGAAUCACACAUAUACACAAAAGAUUAGAUGCAAAAAAAGAAAUCAUCAGUGCUCAGAAUGUGGCAAGAGUUUUUCUACACGGAGUGAUCUCCGACUACACCAGCGCAUUCACACAGGAGAAAAACCGCAUCACUGCUCAGACUGUGGAAAGAGUUUUACUACACGGAGUGAUCUCCGAAUGCACCAGCGCAUUCACACAGGAGAAAAACCGUAUCACUGCUCAGACUGUGGAAAGAGGUUUACUAAAAAUAGCAAUCUUAAGCAACACCUACGCAUUCACACAGGAGAGAAACCGUAUCACUGCUCAGAGUGUGGACAGAACUUUACUACACGCAGUCAUCUCCAGAUACACCAGCGCUAUCACACAGGAGAGAAGCCGUAUGACUGCUCAGACUGUGGGAAGAGUUUUGUUACAAAGAGUCAUCUCCAAACACACCAGCGCAUUCACACUGGACAGAAACCGUAUCACUGCUCAGACUGUGGAAAGAGUUUUACUAUACGUAGUCAUCUCCAAACACACCAACGCAUUCACACAGGAGAGAAACCGUAUCACUGCUCAGAGUGUGGAAAGAGUUUUACGGUACGGAGUCAUCUCCAGAUACACCAGCGCUAUCACAAAGGUGAGAAACCGUAUCACUGCUUAGAAUGUGGGAAGAGUUUUGUUUUACAGAGUCAUCUUCAAGUACACCAACGCUAUCACACGGGAGAGAAACCGUAUCACUGCUCAGACUGUGGGAAAAGUUUUGUUACACAAAGUCUCCUCCAAACACACCAGCGCAUUCACACAGGUGAAAAACCGUAUUACUGCUCAGAGUGUGGACAGAGUUUUACAGUACGGAGUGAUCUUCAAAGACACCAGCGCAUUCACACAGGGGAGAGGCCCUAUCGUUGCUCAGAGUGUGGGAAGAGAUUUGCUCUGCAGAGUGGUCUCCGAACACACCAGCGCAUUCACACAGGAGAGAAACCAUUUUGCUGCUCAGAGUGUGGAAAGAGUUUUACAUACAAGAGCACUUUCAAAAAACACCAGCGCAGUCACACAGGAGAAAAACCGUAUCAUUGCUCAGAGUGUGGGAAGAGUUUUACAGAACGUGGUUCCCUCCGGAAACACCUGUACAUUCACACAGGAGAGAAACCGUAUUACUGCUGUGAGUGUGGACAGAGUUUUACCCGACAGAGUAACCUCCAAAUACACCAGCGCAUUCACACAGGAGAGAAACCGUAUAGCUGCUCAGAGUGUGGACAGAGUUUUAGAGACAAUGCUGCUUGCAAGAAACACCAGCGGAUUCACAGAGAAGAGAAAUUGGAGAAGUCUCCAGCCUUCUUCUGCUCUUACUGUUUACUUUCCUGCACAGUUGUAAUUUGCAUCCACAGACCCAUCCAUCAAGAAAUGCCAGCAAAAGGGAUACAUCACACUUCAAAAAUUAGGAAUGAGGACAUGGAAUUCAGAAGCUCCAAUGCUGAGAAAGCAUCUGCUGCUGCUCUCCACACAGACACACCUAACAGACAAACACAAAAAAUCACAGGCAAGAAAAAAACAUAUCACUGCUCAGAGUGUGGAAAAAGUUUUACCAGCCAGAGUAGUCUCCAGCAACACCAGCGCAUCCACACAGGAGAGAAACCGUUUCACUGCUCAGAGUGUGGAAAGAGUUUUACUGUAAAGACUAAUUUCCAAAGACACCAGCGCAUUCACACAGGAGAGAAACCGUAUUACUGUGCAGAGUGUGGACAGAGUUUUACUGAACAGAAUCAUCUCCAAACACACCAGCGCAUUCACACAGGAGAGAAACCAUAUCACUGCUCAGACUGUGGACAGAGUUUUAGAGAAAGUGGUGCGCUCAAGAAGCACCUGCGAAUUCACACUGGAGAGAAACCAUAUCACUGCUCAGAGUGUGGAAAGGGUUUCACCAGCCAGAGUAAUCUUCAACAACACCAGCGCGUUCACACAGGAGAGAAACCGUAUCACUGCUCAGACUGUGGGAAGAGUUUUACUGUAAAGACUAAUUUCCAAAGACAUCAGCGCAUUCACACAGGAGAGAAACCAUAUUUCUGUUCAGAGUGUGGGCAAAAUUUUACUGAACAGAAUCACCUCCAAACACACCAGCGCAUUCACACAGGAGAGAAACCGUAUCGCUGCCAUGAGUGUGGACAGAGUUUUAGAGAAAAUGCUACCUUGAGGAAACAUCAGCGCAUUCACACAGGAGAGAAACCGUAUCACUGCCAUGAGUGUGGGAGAAGUUUCAAUCAACAAAGUCAUCUUCACACUCACCAGCGCAUUCACACGGGAGAGAAGCCGUAUUACUGCUCAGAGUGUGGACAGAGUUUUAGAGAAAGUGGUACCCUCAAGAAACACCAGCGUGUUCACACUGGAGAGAAACCGUAUCACUCCUCAGUGUGGAAAGAGUUUUACUGUACAAAAUAGUUUCCAGAAAUAUUAAGACCUUCAUAAAGGAGAAAAAACCUUGGUCAGAGUGUGGACAAAGUUUAGAGAAAGUAGUACCCCUAAGAAACAGACGCACAUUCACACUGGAGAGAAACCACUUCACUGUUCAGUGUGGAAAGAGUUCUACUGUACAAUCAUGUGCAAACACCAGUGUAUUCACACAGGAGAGAAACGAUAUCACUGCUCAGAGUGUGGGAACAGUUUCAGACAUUCAGAUUUAAAAACACAUAAAUGGAAUAAGAUGUAAAAACACAUGCAUGUUGAAUCAAAAACAUGAUUUUGGGCUACUUACUGCCCAGAAAUCACAUUCAAUAUGUGAUAUGUUUGUUCAUUCAGUUCUUGUAUUAAGCUACAUGUAACACUUAAAUAUAUAGUCUUUUCCAAGAUGCAAAUAAACUGGUGUAGUGGUUGGUCUAAUGUAGUGGGUAACACCUCUGCCUUCUACUCUGUAGACUGGGGUUCAAUCCCUACAUUAUACCAAUAAGAGUCCUUGGGCAAGACUCCUAACAUUGACUUCGCCUACCUGUAUAAAAUGAUCAUUUCUGCCAAAUGCUGUAAAUGUAAAAUACAUAGGCAUUUCCUCAAAGUUCUACAGUGGUAAAAUUUUACAGUGGGUAUAUCAACAGCAAAUAAAAUAACAAACUUUCAAGUUA